AUGACGUACAAAAGGCCUAUCACAACCGCCACAAAGCAAAAUGACUCUAUUAAUAAAAUCCAGAAACAGACAUUACCACAGACCUUAGCAGAUGAAGAGGAAGGCUCAGUUGCAUUCGAUGCCUCGCUCACGGCUGCGGAAGAUUCAGCUGCCUGUAAGGAUUCGCUGGAUGUAAGCACAGGCCUCUGCGAACUUGACGUUUCACAUGACGUGGAAGAUAGCCCCGGAGACAGUGAGGUCAUAUUGUAUGGCAAAUCGGGAACGGUAGUACGAUUCGACAGAGAUAAGGGUUCGAAAGCCUUUGAGGAAUUGACGAAUGGCGCAAAAGAUUCGCCAGACAUCUGA